CAGGGGAUUGGAAGCGGGGUAAGACUGUGCAGCACAGCACUCAUCCUAAGCACAAGGAGCACUCAUCAUCGCUGUAGCAGUGCUGGCUUCAUUUCCACCUACUAAGGAAUGAGAUCUCCAUGCUUCACAUGACAGGCUUGUUGUGCUGGAGUUAAUGCAGAAUACACAGCAGCAGCAGGGUUGUGAUUGGAAUGAGAAACAUUAUGUAUUUCGGUGGAACAUGCCAAAGCCCAGCACUUUCUGCGCUGGUGCGCCCCCCACUACCGACAUUUCAACCCACACUGGAUAUAAAACAGUUCCUUCCAUUUUCUUUGGAAGCUGCAGCUGCAAUGAACAUCUUUCCAAACCUAACUGCAAUGGACCCAGUUCAAAAAGCAGUCAUAAGUCAUACAUUUGGGGCUCCCUUACAACAGAGAAGGAAGCAAAUCACCCCCUGCAAUGUAUGUCAACUGAAAUUUAAUUCUGAAAGCCAGGCUGUGGCCCACUACAAAGGCACUAAACAUGCCAAGAAGCUCAAAGCACUGGAAGCCAUGAAAAUUAAGCAGAAAUCUUUUGCUAUGAAGGACAACGCAAAGACUAUCUUCACUUCCAUCCCUACUAAUACCAUCAAUGGCAGCUCUGAGAAAACAGAAUUUGCCACAGGAAUUCCAGCAAUAUCCACCAGUACAACGUUAGAAAUCCGGAAAAUCAGUGUUAUGACAACAGAGACCACAGCAAAAGUUGACAAGAAAAUUACUCUGGUAACCAGCAGCAACAUUUGCCCUUCAGGAGAGACUGAAGAAGAAAAAGCUAAAAGACUUCUGUACUGUUCACUAUGCAAAGUCGCCGUCAACUCUGCCUCCCAGCUGGAGGCUCACAACAGUGGUGCAAAGCACAAAACAAUGGUAGAGGCCCGCAAUGGAAGUGGAACUAUUAAAGCAUUUCCUCGGGCAGGCGUAAAGGGCAGAGUGCCUUUAACCAAGGGAAAUACUGGUCUUCAGAAUAAAACAUUUCACUGUGAAAUAUGUGAUGUCCAUGUUAACUCCGAGACACAGCUAAAACAGCACAUAAGUAGUCGAAGGCACAAAGACAAAGCAGCUGGAAAACCACCCAAACCUAAAUAUAGCCCUUACAAUAAAGUCCAGAAAACAGCCUCUCCACUUGGGAUAAAAGUAGCUUUUUCUAAACAACGUCUAAAGUCAUUAACUGCACGGAUAUUUCCAAAUCCUCUGGCAGCAGCAGCAGCAGCAGCUGCCGCAGUUGCUGUGAAUUCACCCUUCAAUCUCCGUACUACGCCAGCAGCUACGCUAUUUCAGACUUCAGCACUUCCUUCAGCACUUCUGCGGCCAGCUCCAGGACCAAUACGGACCACCCACACACCUGUUUUGUUUGCUCCUUAUUGAUCUUCAAGCAGGGAUAAGUUGUACUGCAAUAAUUUUUUUUCUGAAACAAAAUUAAAAAAUAAAUAAAAAACACAGAACAAAAGAACUAUGCAGUGUUUAUUUUUAGUUUAGAAGAAAAAUAAGCCAGAAUUUUUCUUAGUUGAAACUGCUGGAGAGAAGCAAGAAAAGGUCAUAUUUUCUUAAAAAAGAGCAUUAAUUAAUGUAAAUUUAUUCUGUUGUAUAAUUUUAUUGCUAAAAGAAAGCACAUAUGACUGACUAUAUAUGGGAAGGAUUGGUCUUUACAACUCAUAACUAUGGGAUUUUUGGAGCUUUUUUAGCUCAUAAGGGUUUUGAGGUUAGGCAGAUGUCUCACUGUUAAUCAAUGUUGGUAAAACAUCUGUCCAUUAAUGGUCAUCCUAUACCUUUCCUGCCUCACCACAGGGAUGAGAUCUUUUAUCUGUAAAAAUUAUUCAGAUGUUUAAAAGCAAAGAGACACAAAAGGAAAAUACUUGCUGCUCAGUACAAUAUCACAAUAUGUUAGUACAGCUAGGAUCACCAAGGGUCCCCAUCAUUUUAGAUGUUUUUGUACUUCAAAUUACAUAAGAAUAUCUCCAGCAUUUUAGAAAAUGGAUCCCAUAUUUGUAAAGUUUAUUAAGUGCAUUUGAAAUAUCCAGUGGAUA